CCGCAGCAGUGGCAAAGGACCACCUCAGCCUACGAUUUCUUUCGAUGGCAUCUAUGCAAACAUGAGAAUGGUUCACAUACUCACAUCAGUUGUUGGAUCCAAAUGUGAAGUACAGGUGAAAAAUGGUGGUAUAUAUGAAGGAGUUUUUAAAACCUACAGUCCUAAGUGUGAUUUGGUGGUUGAUGCUGCUCAUCGGAAAACUGCAGAAUCCAGUUUGGGGCCAAAACGUGAAGACAUUCUGGAGAGUAUCCUGUUCAAGUCUUCAGAUUUUGUGAUGGUGCAUUUUAAGGAUAUGGAUACCAAUUAUGCCAGAAGAGAUGCUUUUACUGAUUCAGCCAUCAGUGCUAAAGUUAAUGGAGAACACAAGGAAAAGGAUCUUGAACCAUGGGAUGGAGGAGAGAACACGGCUUCCGAGGAGCUCGAGGCACUGGAGACAGAUGUGUCUAAUGGAUGGGAUCCCAAUGACAUGUUUCGUUACAAUGAAGAAAAUUAUGGUGUAGUAUCAACUUAUGACAGCAGUUUAUCUUCUUAUACGGUGCCAUUAGAAAGAGAUAAUUCAGAAGAGUUUUUAAAACGGGAAGCCAGAGCAACUCAAUUAGCAGAGGAAAUUGAAUCAAGUGCCCAAUACAAAGCUCGGGUUGCCUUGGAAAAUGAUGAAAGGACAGAAGAAGAAAAAUAUACUGCUGUUCAGAGAAAUGCUAAUGAAAGAGAAGGACAUGGUGUGAACACUAGAGAAAAUAAAUACAUUCCACCUGGACAGAGGAACAGAGAUGUCCUGUCCUGGGGAAGUGGAAGACAAAACUCACCAAGGAUGGGCCAGUCUGGCUCAGGCCCACCAAUCUCAAGGUCUGGAUCCCACACUUCAGAAUUCAGCCCAAACUCUGGAGCAGAUCAAAGAGUAGUUAACGGAGGUGUUCCCUGGCCAUCGCCUUGCCCAUCUCCUUCCUCUCGCCCACCUUCUCGCUACCAGUCAGGUCCCAACUCUCUUCCACCUCGGGCAGCCACCCCUACACGGCCGCCCUCCAGGCCCCCCUCGCGGCCCUCCAGGCCCCCGUCUCACCCCUCUGCUCAUGGUUCUCCAGCUCCUGUCUCUACUAUGCCUAAACGCAUGUCUUCAGAAGGGCCUCCACGGAUGUCUCCUAAGGCUCAACGGCACCCUCGAGGUCACAGAGUCUCUACUGGUAGGGGUACAAUUUCAAGUGGCUUAGAAUUUGUAUCUCAUAAUGCACCUGGGGAAGCAUCUACUGCUGCAGUGGCACGAGGCAGCCCUUCAGGUGGGACGUGGUCAUCAGUUGUCAGUGGGGUUCCGAGAUUAUCCCCUAAAACACACAGGCCUAGGUCUCCAAGGCAGAGCAGCACUCCCAUGGGACCAGCUCUGCCUUCUCCUCAGCCUGGUACUAUUCCCACUGAAUCUGUUGCCAUGCCUGUUCCAGCUGCCUCUCCUACACCUGCCAGCCCUGCAUCCAACAGAGCAGUCACCCCUUCCAACGAAGCUAAAGAUACCAGGCUUCAGGACCAGAGGCAAAAUUCUGCAACUGGAAACAAGGAGAAUAUAAAGCCAAGUGAGACUUCUCCUAGUUUUCCUAAACCUGAAAACAAAGGUGUCUCUCCAAUUGUUUCAGAGCAUAGAAAACAGAUUGAUGAUUUAAAGAAAUUUAAGAAUGACUUUAGGUUACAGUCAAGUUCCUCUUCAGAUGCAGUGGAUCAGCUGCUAAACAAAACCCGAGAGGGGGAAAAAUCAAGAGAUGUAGUUAAAGAAAAGACAGAAUCCACCCCUAAAGAAUCUAUCAUAGAACCUGGCAGUAACACCAACUCCAAUGGUGGCAGUAGCAAACCCAAUAGUCCCAGUAUUUCUCCUUCCAUAAGUAACAGCUCUGAGCAAAAGCGAGGGCCUGAGGUGACUUCCCAAGGUGUGCAGACAUCUGGGCCUGGGAGUAAACAAGAUAAAGAGGAUAAAGAGGAGAAGAAGGAUACCUCUGAGCAAGUUAGAAAAUCAACACUUAAUCCUAAUGCUAAAGAGUUCAACCCUCGAUCUUUUGCUCAGCCAAAACCUUCUACUACACCAACCUCCCCUCGUCCACAAGCUCAGCCCAGCCCCUCCAUGGUGGGUCAUCAGCAGCCAACCCCUGUGUACACUCAGCCUGUUUGUUUUGCACCAAAUAUGAUGUACCCGGUUCCAGUGAGUCCAGGCGUGCAGCCUUUGUAUCCUAUUCCCAUGACGCCCAUGCCAGUGAACCAAGCCAAGACAUAUAGAGCAGGUAAAGUACCAAAUAUGCCCCAGCAGCGGCAAGACCAACACCACCAGAGCACCAUGAUGCAUCCUGCCUCUGCAGCAGGCCCUCCAAUUGUAGCUACUCCACCUGCUUACUCAACACAAUAUGUUGCAUAUAGUCCCCAACAGUUUCCUAAUCAGCCUCUUGUGCAGCAUGUGCCACACUACCAAUCUCAGCAUCCUCAUGUUUAUAGCCCUGUAAUACAGGGCAAUGCCAGGAUGAUGGCCCCACCAGCACACGCACAGCCGGGUUUAGUAUCUUCCUCUGCAACACAGUACGGUGCGCAUGAACAGACACAUGCUAUGUAUGUUUCCACUGGCUCACUUGCUCAGCAGUAUGCCCACCCUAAUGCUACCCUGCAUCCGCAUCCUCCUCAUCCUCAGCCUUCUGCCACACCGACUGGCCAGCAGCAAAGCCAACAUGCUGGAAGCCACCCUGCUCCCAGCCCCGUGCAGCACCACCAGCACCAGGCUGCCCAGGCACUCCACCUGGCCAACCCCCAGCAGCAGUCGGCGAUUUACCACGCAGGUCUAGCUCCAACCCCUCCUUCCAUGACGCCAGGCUCCAACACGCAGUCUCCACAAAAUAGUUUUCCUACAGCACAACAAACAGUCUUCACCAUUCAUCCCUCCCAUGUUCAACCUGCAUAUACCAAUCCGCCACACAUGGCCCAUGUCCCCCAGGCUCAUGUACAGUCAGGAAUGGUUCCUUCUCACCCAACUGCCCAUGCUCCAAUGAUGCUAAUGACGACACAGCCUCCCGGUGGUCCCCAAGCCGCCCUCGCUCAAAGUGCACUACAGCCCAUUCCCGUCUCGACAACAACACAUUUCCCCUAUAUGACGCACCCUUCAGGUGAGGAGUGUGUGCCCGGGACACCUGCACCCUAAACUGAGCCAGGGCGGAGGAUCAGGACUGGGACAGACCAGAUUUGGGGGAAAAAAAAAAAAAAAAAAAGACAAAAAAAACCAAACAAAAAAACCCCGACCUUAAGAUGUCCUUGUAGAGCGGUUCAUAUUUGCCAGCCUGUUGCCAGCCUAGGUAGGUUUACCUGGUUUAGGGAGUUUUCCUCCAGCUGGAGUGGAGGAAUGGGGAGCUGGGAGAUGCUGUGGGACUGAGCUGUGCCAGGGUUUGCCGUGGUGUUGCCGUGUGUUUAUGACAAUGAGAGGUUUUAUUAAUUUAAAGCGCUCGGUGUCAAGGACGGGAGUGAAAAUGGUUUUGGUUUAGGGCUGUUAGACUGCUGAGAAAGUGACUGCUAAUAAAGUGACUGCUAAUUUCAGUGACAGCUGAAAGCUAAACUUUUAAUACAGAGUAACAUUCUGCAGCUUUAUUUUUGGGGAAAGUAGGUGCUGUAUGACUUCUUUCCACUUAAAAUUUAACCUGACUUGGGUUUCUUUGAUUAUUCGUGUUCAAACAGCCUUGAAAUUCCUGUAGUGAUGUUGUUUCUUGGGGAAUGUGUGAGUAGAAAAAUGCUUUCUGAGGGCUUAGGCAGGGGAAAAAUAAAACCAUCCAAAGGACAUCUUGAUGUGCAGGGUUUUGGUUUGUUCUCGAAAAAAAUAAAAGAAAAAAAAAGAGAAAAAAAAUAAAAGAAAGUUGAGCUCAGUAGUUGUCCUGUGACCACUUUACUAGCAAACUGUUGUGUGGCUUGCCAAUUUAUUAUUUACAUUUGAACUUUUUUUUUACAGUACAAGCCCACCACCAACAGCAGUUGUAAGGCUCAUCUGGAAUAACUGAAAGGCUGGAUACCUUUUGUAGGCCAAAUACCCUCCUUCUACUGCUUCUGCCAACUGGAAGCACAGAAAACUAGAAUUUCAUUUUAUUUUGUUUAAAAAAAAAAAAAUUUGAUUUCUUGUAACAUCCACUAGGAAUGCUAACAGUUCAUCUUGCAGUGGGAGAGAUUCGGACUGAGUAGAGGCAUUUAGGAACUUGUGGGCUAUUCCAUAAUUCCAUGCACUGUAUCUGAGUCCUGCAAGUGCCCCAACUCUGCUUGCUGAAAACUGGAAGUUAUUUAUUUUUUAAUGACCCUUCAAAGUUAUGAACUCGUCAGCUAGCAAAAGAAGUAACAAGAGUGAUUCUUGCUGCUAUUAUCACUAAAAAUCAAGACUUGGAGAUCCCUUUUACUUCUAACUAAACUUGAAACAGGUUCAGUAAAAGAAAAAAAAAAUUCUAAUCGUCAAACGGAUGAGUUAUUAUUUAUAAAUCACGUUUGAUGAGAGAAUCACUAUCGUGAGACAGUGAUGUAACUUUUAAGUUAAGAAAACUUUUACUUUGUAGAUAAUAUAAAAUAAAAACUUAAAAAAAAAUUAAAAAAUAAAAAAAGUUUUAAAAACUGA